AUGCGAGGCGUCACGUGCCCUCCUCCCACAUCUGUGGAACAUGCAGACAUCCGGGUCAAGAGUUACAAACUGAACUCCACCGAGCGGUAUACCUGUAACACUGGCUUCAAGCGGAAAGCCGGGACGUCCACCCUGACAGAGUGCGUGCUCAACAAGACCACGAACACUGCCCACUGGACAAUUCCCAAUCUCAAGUGCAUCAGAGACCCCUCCCUGACUCAUCUAAAGCCAUCCUCUACAGAAAUGCCGGCAGGGGUGACCCCAGAGCCAGAGAGCACCUCCCUUUCUGGAAAAGAGCCAGCUUUCACUUCCAAGUCAGACAGCACAGUGGCCACAAAGGCAGCUACUGAGCCAGGCUCCAGGCUGAUACCAUCAAAGCCUCCGGCUGCGGGAACCACAGGGGUAAUCAAUAAUGAACCCUCCCGAGCCCCAGCUCAGACAACAGCAAAGGCCUUGGAACACACCCCCUCUGCCUCGCAGGAGACGCCAGGUACCUCUUCAUACAGUUCCGGAACUGUGACUGCGGCCAUCGUCAUGCCUGUCGCUGUGCUCUGUGUAGUAUGUGUGGGACUUCUGGUGUGUUACAAAAGAUCCAGGCAAACUUCGCAGAUACACACUGUUGCAAUGGAGAACAUGGAAGAGAUACCAAUGACUGGGGGAACCAACGGCAGAGACGAGGAUGCAGAAAACCAAGCACACAACCUAGGAAACUCCAGGGGGAAGCUGAGGGCAGCCAAGGCUGAAGCAAGGAUGCCAACUCUUCCCUAG